AUGAAACAACUACAGCUACAACUAAACAACAACAGUAGAAACUACAUCUACAACGACUCCAGCUCCAACCACUACAACUCAACAACUACAGAGGAAACAACCACAGCUACAAGUGUACAAACUACAACACCAACAACAGACCUGACCAGUACCGCUGUAUCCACAACACAGGCUACAACAAACACGGAAACAACAACAGUGGAAACAGCUGCAUCUACAACUACUCCAGCUCCAAGCACUACAACUGUGAAACCAACAACUACAGAGGAAACAACCACAGCUACAACUGUACCAACUACAACACCAACAACAGACCUGACCAGUACCACUGUAUCCACAACACAGGCUACAACAAACACGGAAACAACAACACCAGAGGCUGCAUCUACAUCUACUCCAGCUCCAAGCACUACAACUGUGGAACCAACAACUACAGAGGAAACAACCACAGCUACAAGUGUACAAACUACAACACCAACAACAGACCUGACCAGUACCGCUGUAUCCACAACACAGGCUACAACAAACACGGAAACAACAACAGUAGAAACAGCUGCAUCUACAACUACUCCAGCUCCAACCACUACAACUGUGGAACCAACAACUACAGAGAAAACAACUACAGCUACAACUGUACCAACUACAACACCAACAACAGACCUGACCAGUACCGCUGUAUCCACAACACAGGCUACAACAGAGGCUACAACAAACACAGAAACAACAACAGUAGAAACUACAUCUACAACUACUCCAGCUCCAAGCACUACAACUGUGGAACCAACAACUACAGAGGAAACAACCACAGCUACAACUGUACCAGCUACAACACCAACAACAGACCUGACCAGUACUGCUGUAUCCACAACACAGGCUACAACAAACACGGAAACAACAACACCAGAGGCUGCAUCUACAACUACUCCAGCUCCAAGCACUACAACUGUGGAACCAACAACUACAGAGGAAACAACUACAGCUACAACUGUACCAACUACAACACCAACAACAGACCUGACCAGUACCGCUGUAUCCACAACACAGGCUACAACAAACACGGAAACAACAACAGUGGAAACAGCUGCAUCUACAACUACUCCAGCUCCAAGCACUACAACUGUGAAACCAACAACUACAGAGGAAACAACCACAGCUACAACUGUACCAACUACAACACCAACAACAGACCUGACCAGUAGCGCUCUAUCCACAACACAGGCUACAACACAGGCUACAACAAACACAGAAACAACAACAGUAGAAACAGCUGCAUCUACAACUACUCCAGCUCCAAGCACUACAACUGUGGAACCAACAAGUACAGAGGAAACAACCAGAGCUACAAGUGUACAAACUACAACACCAACAACAGACCUGACCAGUACCGCUGUAUCCACAACACAGGCUAAAACAAACACGGAAACAACAACAGUAGAAACAGCUGCAUCUACAACUACUCCAGCUCCAACCACUACAACUGUGGAACCAACAACUACAGAGAAAACAACCACAGCUACAACUGUACCAACUACAACACCAACAACAGACCUGACCAGUACCGCUGUAUCCACAACACAGGCUACAACAGAGGCUACAACAAACACAGAAACAACAACAGUAGAAACAGCUGCAUCUACAACUACUCCAGCUCCAAGCACUACAACUGUGGAACCAACAACUACAGAGAAAACAACCACAGCUACAACUGUACCAACUACAACACCAACAACAGACCUGACCAGUACCACUGUAUCCACAACACAGGCUACAACGAACACAGAAACAACAACACCAGAGGCUGCAUCUACAACGACUCCAGCUCCAACCACUACAACUGUGGAACCAACAACUUCAGAUGAAACAACUACAGCUACAACUGUAGCAACUACAACACCAACAACAGACCUGACCAGUACCACUACAGAGAAAACAACCACAGCUACAACUGUAGCAACUACAACACCAACAACAGACCUGACCAGUACCGCUGUAUCCACAACACAGGCUACAACAGAGGCUACAACAAACACAGAAACAACAACAGUAGAAACUAGAUCUACAACUACUCCAGCUCCAACCACUACAACUGUGGAACCAACAACUACAGAGGAAACAACCACAGCUACAACUGUACCAGCUACAACACCAACAACAGACCUGACCAGUACUGCUGUAUCCACAACACAGGCUACAACAAACACGGAAACAACAACACCAGAGGCUGCAUCUACAACUACUCCAGCUCCAAGCACUACAACUGUGGAACCAACAACUACAGAGGAAACAACUACAGCUACAACUGUACCAACUACAACACCAACAACAGACCUGACCAGUACCGCUGUAUCCACAACACAGGCUACAACAAACACGGAAACAACAACAGUGGAAACAGCUGCAUCUACAACUACUCCAGCUCCAAGCACUACAACUGUGAAACCAACAACUACAGAGGAAACAACCACAGCUACAACUGUACAAACUACAACACCAACAACAGACCUGACCAGUACCACUGUAUCCACAACACAGGCUACAACAAACACGGAAACAACAACACCAGAGGCUGCAUCUACAACUACUCCAGCUCCAAGCACUACAACUGUGGAACCAACAACUACAGAGGAAACAACCACAGCUACAAGUGUACAAACUACAACACCAACAACAGACCUGACCAGUAACGCUGUAUCCACAACACAGGCUACAACAAACACGGAAACAACAACAGUGGAAACAGCUGCAUCUACAACUACUCCAGCUCCAAGCACUACAACUGUGAAACCAACAACUACAGAGGAAACAACCACAGCUACAAGUGUACCAACUACAGCACCAACAACAGACCUGACCAGUACCGCUGUAUCCACAACACAGGCUACAACAAACACAGAAACAACAACACCAGCGGCUACAUCUACAACUACUCCAGCUCCAAGCACUACAACUGUGGAACCAACAACUACAGAGGAAACAACUACAGCUACAACUGUAGCAACUACAGCACCAACAACAGACCUGACCAGUACCACUGUAUCCACAACACAGGCUACAACAAACACAGAAACAACAACACCAGCGGCUACAUCUACAACUACUCCAGCUCCAAGCACUACAACUGUGGAACCAACAACUACAGAGGAAACAACCACAGCUACAACUGUACCAACUACAACAACAACAACAGAACUGACCAGUACCGCUGUAUCCACAACACAGGCUACAACAAACACAGAAACAACAACAGUAGAAACAGCUGUAUCUACAACUACUCCAGCUCCAAGCACUACAACUGUGGAACCAACAACUACAGAGGAAACAACCACAGCUACAACUGUAGCAACUACAACACCAUCAACAGAACUGACCAGUACCGCUGUAUCCACAACACAGGCUACAACAAACACAGAAACAACAACAGUAGAAACAGCUGCAUCUACAACGACUCCAGCUCCAAGCACUACAACUGUGGAACCAACAACUACAGAGGAAACAACCACAGCUACAACUGUAGCAACUACAACACCAACAACAGACCUGACCAGUACCGCUGUAUCCACAACACAGGCUACAACAGAGGCUACAACAAACACAGAAACAACAACAGUAGAAACAGCUGCAUCUACAACUACUCCAGCUCCAAGCACUACAACUGUGGAACCAACAACUACAGAGAAAACAACCACAGCUACAACUGUACCAACUACAACACCAACAACAGACCUGACCAGUACCACUGUAUCCACAACACAGGCUACAACGAACACAGAAACAACAACACCAGAGGCUGCAUCUACAACUACUCCAGCUCCAACCACUACAACUGUGGAACCAACAACUUCAGAUGAAACAACUACAGCUACAACUGUAGCAAAUACAACACCAACAACAGACCUGACCAGUACCGCUGUAUCCACAACAAAGGCUACAACGAACACAGAAACAACAACAGUAGAAACAGCUGCAUCUACAACUACUCCAGCUCCAACCACUACAACUGUGGAACCAACAACUACAGAGGAAACAACCACAGCUACAACAAUACCAACUACAACACAAACAACAGAACUGACCAGUACCGCUGUAUCCACAACACAGGCUACAACAAACACGGAAACAACAACAGUGGAAACAGCUGCAUCUACAACUACUCCAGCUCCAAGCACUACAACUGUGAAACCAACAACUACAGAGGAAACAACCACAGCUACAACUGUACCAACUACAACACCAACAACAGACCUGACCAGUACCACUGUAUCCACAACACAGGCUACAACAAACACGGAAACAACAACACCAGAGGAUGCAUCUACAACUACUCCAGCUCCAAGCACUACAACUGUGGAACCAACAACUACAGAGGAAACAACCACAGCUACAAGUGUACAAACUACAACACCAACAACAGACCUGACCAGUACCAUUGUAUCCACAACACAGGCUACAACAAACACAGAAACAACAACAGUGGAAACAGCUGCAUCUACAACUACUCCAGCUCCAAGCACUACAACUGUGAAACCAACAACUACAGAGGAAACAACCACAGCUACAACUGUACCAACUACAACACCAACAACAGACCUGACCAGUACCACUGUAUCCACAACACAGGCUACAACAAACACGGAAACAACAACACCAGAGGCUGCAUCUACAACUACUCCAGCUCCAAGCACUACAACUGUGGAACCAACAACUACAGAGAAAACAACCACAGCUACAACUGUACCAACUACAACACCAACAACAGACCUGACCAGUACCGCUGUAUCCACAACACAGGCUACAACAGAGGCUACAACAAACACAGAAACAACAACAGUAGAAACUACAUCUACAACUACUCCAGCUCCAACAACAGACCUGACCAGUACCACUGUAUCCACAACACAGGCUACAACAAACACAGAAACAACAACACCAGCGGCUACAUCUACAACUACUCCAGCUCCAAGCACUACAACUGUGAAACCAACAACUACAGAGGAAACAACCACAGCUACAACUGUACCAACUACAACAACAACAACAGAACUGACCAGUACCGCUGUAUCCACAACACAGGCUACAACAAACACAGAAACAACAACAGUAGAAACAGCUGUAUCUACAACUACUCCAGCUCCAAGCACUACAACUGUGGAUCCAACAACUACAGAGGAAACAACCACAGCUACAACUGUAGCAACUACAACACCAACAACAGAACUGACCAGUACCGCUGUAUCCACAACACAGGCUACAACAAACACAGAAACAACAACAGUAGAAACAGCUGCAUCUACAACUCUGACCAGUACUGCUGUAUCCACAACACAGGCUACAACACAGGCUACAACAAACACAGAAACAGAGAAAACAACCACAGCUACAACUGUACCAACUACAACACCAACAACAGACCUGACCAGUACCGCUGUAUCCACAACACAGGCUACAACAGAGGCUACAACAAACACAGAAACAACAACAGUAGAAACUACAUCUACAACUACUCCAGCUCCAAGCACUACAACUGUGGAACCAACAACUACAGAGGAAACAACCACAGCUACAACUGUACCAGCUACAACACCAACAACAGACCUGACCAGUACUGCUGUAUCCACAACACAGGCUACAACAAACACGGAAACAACAACACCAGAGGCUGCAUCUACAACUACUCCAGCUCCAAGCACUACAACUGUGGAACCAACAACUACAGAGGAAACAACUACAGCUACAACUGUAGCAACUACAGCACCAACAACAGACCUGACCAGUACCACUGUAUCCACAACACAGGCUACAACAAACACAGAAACAACAACACCAGCGGCUACAUCUACAACUACUCCAGCUCCAAGCACUACAACUGUGGAACCAACAACUACAGAGGAAACAACUACAGCUACAACUGUAGCAACUACAGCACCAACAACAGACCUGACCAGUACCACUGUAUCCACAACACAGGCUACAACAAACACAGAAACAACAACACCAGCGGCUACAUCUACAACUACUCCAGCUCCAAGCACUACAACUGUGAAACCAACAACUACAGAGGAAACAACCACAGCUACAACUGUACCAACUACAACAACAACAACAGAACUGACCAGUACCGCUGUAUCCACAACACAGGCUACAACAAACACAGAAACAACAACAGUAGAAACAGCUGUAUCUACAACUACUCCAGCUCCAAGCACUACAACUGUGGAUCCAACAACUACAGAGGAAACAACCACAGCUACAACUGUAGCAACUACAACACCAACAACAGAACUGACCAGUACCGCUGUAUCCACAACACAGGCUACAACAAACACAGAAACAACAACAGUAGAAACAGCUGCAUCUACAACUACUCCAGCUCCAAGCACUACAACUGUGGAACCAACAACUACAGAGGAAACAACCACAGCUACAACUGUACCAACUACAACACCAACAACAGACCUGACCAGUACUGCUGUAUCCACAACACAGGCUACAACACAGGCUACAACAAACACAGAAACAACAACAGUAGAAACAGCUGCAUCUACAACUACUCCAGCUCCAAGCACUACAACUGUGGAACCAACAACUACAGAGAAAACAACCACAGCUACAACUGUACCAACUACAACACCAACAACAGACCUGACCAGUACCACUGUAUCCACAACACAGGCUACAACGAACACAGAAACAACAACACCAGAGGCUGCAUCUACAACUACUCCAGCUCCAACCACUACAACUGUGGAACCAACAACUUCAGAUGAAACAACUACAGCUACAACUGUAGCAAAUACAACACCAACAACAGACCUGACCAGUACCGCUGUAUCCACAACAAAGGCUACAACGAACACAGAAACAACAACAGUAGAUGCAUCUACAACUACUCCAGCUCCAACCACUACAACUGUGGAACCAACAACUACAGAGGAAACAACCACAGCUACAACUGUACCAACUACAACACCAACAACAGAACUGACAAGUACUGCUGUAUCCACAACACAGGCUAAAACAAACACAGAAACAACAACAGUAGAAACUACAUCUACAACGACUCCAGCUCCAACCACUACAACUGUGGAACCAACAACUACAGAGGAAACAACCACAGCUACAACUGUACCAGCUACAACACCAACAACAGAACUGACCAGUACUGCUGUAUCCACAACACAGGCUAAAACACAGGCUACAACAAACACAGAAACAACAACAGUAGAAACAGCUGCAUCUACAACUACUCCAGCUCCAAGCACUACAACUGUGGAACCAACAACUACAGAGGAAACAACUACAGCUACAACUGUAGCAACUACAGCACCAACAACAGACCUGACCAGUACCACUGUAUCCACAACACAGGCUACAACAAACACAGAAACAACAACACCAGCGGCUACAUCUACAACUACUCCAGCUCCAAGCACUACAACUGUGGAACCAACAACUACAGAGGAAACAACCACAGCUACAACUGUACCAACUACAACAACAACAACAGACCUGACCAGUACCACUGUAUCCACAACACAGGCUACAACAAACACAGAAACAACAACAGUAGAAACAGCUGUAUCUACAACUACUCCAGCUCCAAGCACUACAACUGUGGAACCAACAACUACAGAGGAAACAACCACAGCUACAACUGUAGCAACUACAACACCAACAACAGAACUGACCAGUACCGCUGUAUCCACAACACAGGCUACAACAAACACAGAAACAACAACAGUAGAAACAGCUGCAUCUACAACUACUCCAGCUCCAAGCACUACAACUGUGGAACCAAAAACUACAGAGGAAACAACCACAGCUACAACUGUAGCAACUACAACACCAACAACAGAACUGACCAGUACCGCUGUAUCCACAACACAGGCUACAACAAACACAGAAACAACAACAGUAGAAACAGCUGCAUCUACAACUACUCCAGCUCCAAGCACUACAACGAGUUCAGGAAACCAGAUUAAUGGUGACAUGGAGUACCACUUCCAAGAUGGAGACACUAAAACACCAGCAGCCUUCCUGAAUGAGCUUAAAGCCCAGAGCACACCUAUGAGUUCAGGAAACCAGGUUAAUGGUGACAUGGAGUACCACUUCCAAGAUGGAGACACUAAAACACCAGCAGCCUUCCUGAAUGAGCUUAAAGCCCAGAGCACACCUAUGACUUCAGGAAACCAGGUUAAAGGUGACAUGGAGUACCACUUCCAAGAUGGAGACACUAAAACACCAGCAGCCUUCCUGAAUGAGCUUAAAGCCCAGAGCACACCUAUGAGUUCAGGAAACCAGGUUAAUGGUGACAUGGAGUACCACUUCCAAGAUGGAGACACUAAAACACCAGCAGCCUUCCUGAAUGAGCUUAAAGCACAGAGCACACCUGUGAGUUCAGGAAACCAGGUUAAUGGUGACAUGGAGUACCACUUCCAAGAUGGAGACACUAAAACACCAGCAGCCUUCCUGAAUGAGCUUAAAGCCCAGAGCACACCUAUGAGUUCAGGAAACCAGGUUAAAGGUGACAUGGAGUACCACUUCCAAGAUGGAGACACUAAAACACCAGCAGCCUUCCUGAAUGAGCUUAAAGCCCAGAGCACACCUAUGAGUUCAGGAAACCAGGUUAAUGGUGACAUGGAGUACCACUUCCAAGAUGGAGACACUAAAACACCAGCAGCCUUCCUGAAUGAGCUUAAAGCACAGAGCACACCUGUGUAA